AUUAAGUAUCUUCUAUAAAUUACCGUAAAAUUUUAUCUUCGUGCUUUGUGGUUGCAGACCUUCUUUCCCUUUGCCUACUUGAUUAGAUUGCAAAAUGGCGGGCCAUCAAACUGAAAAUCUUGAGAGUAUCAUUACUUCUCCAAGCACCGUUCAGAUGAGCUCAGAGGGAAAAACAUGUUUUUUCUGCAAGGAGUCAGAAAGUAAAUAUGUAUGUCCUCGUUGUGGGUUGCCCUAUUGUUCAGUCGGAUGUUACCGAUCAGCUGAACACAUCAAUUGCUCAGAGCAGUUUUAUCGAGAGAGUGUAGAGGCAGAGUUGAAAGAUAGGAAUAUGAAUCCAGGGCAAAUGAAAGAAAUACUAGAACGCCUGAAAGGUGCUGAUGAAAGUGAAGAUGAAGAAUUGGAUUCAGAUGAUGAGGAAGGUAUAGAUUUAGCAGCAAGGAUGGAAAAUAUCGACUUAGAUGACGCAGAUGCAGUCUGGGGAAUGUUGUCAGAGUCGGAACGAGCUGAGUUCCAGCAACUUGUAAAUAGCGGUGAUAUAAGUAAACUUCUACCCCCUUGGGAACCAUGGUGGAUGUAUAAUUCAGAUGACAAGCCAGUUCAAGAAGUUACUAACGAAGCAUCGCAUUUCCAAAACUGUCCCAAAAUUCAUGAAAACAUAGCAGGUUUUGAAAGUAUGUGUAAAGUAGCGCCAGACGCAAGGGUUAAAUGGAAUUUAGUUAACAUUGUAACUGCGUAUGCUUAUUGUGUACGGUAUUAUAAUAACGAACAUUUCAGUUUCCCCAUGGAGGCUGCAAAUUCAUUUUACGAAAUUUCGAAAAACCUCAACAGCAACCAAAUAUUCCAGUCAUUUGAACUUGCUGUUAACUCAGUCAUUUGUGAAUUGACAAGUGGUCGGUUCAGUGCUUCCAAGGAAAAUUUAACUGUGUUGAAAAGUGAUGUCUGGAAAAUUUUAGCUGGUCCUUCCGCAACUAGAAGAAGUUUUUAUGUGAUGGCAGCCCUGUCGGACGGCCAUUGUUUAUUUGAAGAAGCUUUGAGAGUAUUGAAGCAAAAACAACCGAAGCCAAGCGGUCAGUUUAGUAAAAGAUUUAGUGAUCAAGAUAGUCCAUCCAUAACUUUAGAUAAAAGGAAAAUUGCAAUAGCCAUAAAAAAAUUUGAUUAUUAUCUCUCAUGGUCUCAGGAUUUCUAUCUUGGUUCGUUUGCCAAUGACUUCAACAAACCUUUGGCGGCCUUUUCAGAAUCUCUUGAUGAAAAGUAACAUUUAUUUCUCUCAUGGAUGGAUGGGCUCUCUUUAACUGCUUUCCUUGAUACGUUAAUACUCUAUUUUUAUUAUUUUUUUCUUUAAAUGUUAAGUCCCUCUUGAUGUUGUAUAAUUCUGUUUUUAAUAGAAAACUGAUGAGUAAAGUUAGAUUUGAAUAUAAUUUGCUCACCUAGAGCUGUAUCUGAUCAACUAUGAUCUAAAAUUAAAAAGAUGUCCCAGUAGGUACACCUAUUCACCUGCUCAGUUACAGAAGUUGUCAAGAGAUUAUGUCGACCAGUUUUCUUUCUCAAGAGUCAAGUAUGAUGGGACUUUUUUUACAUUGCGCAUUGAUGUAAGUGUUUUCAAAGCUGAAUUAUUUCGGUGAGCAUCGAUAUUGUUUGAGACAAAUGUUAUUUGUAAAUGAUGUUGUCAUCAUGUAUGUAAGUGAGUAAUUUUUCCUUUUCAAAGUUUAAAACCAAGUCUAUUUCAUUAUUUCUUUCUUUUUUUUAUUCUUUUACCCAAUUUUUCUGUCAGUUGAGCAAUAGCCAUAAUUUUGUAUGAGCAGCAAAAGGUUUCCUCUGUUUUAGGAUAUACUAGAUGAGGAAUAUCACAAAAAGCUUGAGCUUAACAAACAACUUGCGGAAGAAAGGACUGCGAAAAAGAGGGCAAA